AUGGCGGAUCGAGCUGAGCCGCAGUCCGUUGAGGCUCACCACCAGGUGGAAGACUCACAUGUGGCUUCAGACAAGGAAACGGACACCUUUGAAGAUGCCGUCGACACCAGCUCAGUCAGAUCCCUUACAGCCAGGAAAUCAAUCGCUUCUCAGCAUGCAACUAGACCUACAAGUUCUGGCUCUGAUUCGACCGUCGAGAAGGACGAUGGCGACGAAUUCAAGGAGCCCGCAGAGAGUGUCACCGAAAGAGACGACUCGGACACUGAAUCAGAGGUUGAGGUGCAAGCAGCAACAGAGGUAAAGAUUGAGGCAAAGACAGAGCACGAAGAAGAGCAAGAGAAGGAGUCAGAGAAGGAGUCGGUCAAGGAGCCAGAGCAACCCAAGGAGAGCGAGGUCGAGAUCGAGACCGAGACAGAGAUUGAGCCUCAGGUCAUAGAGGCAGAUGCCCAGCCCGACGUUCGACCAGAGAGUAGAGCUACAACUGCCUCGAGUCGGGUGUCGCAUUCCAACAUGGACGUUGUUAGUCUCGACGAUGAUCCUCCGGCCGUUGCUGCCCAGCAGAAAGAUGAACCACCCCCUGUUCCCCCAAAACAGGUCUCCAAGAAGCUCUCCUUGAGCAACAUUGCAAACUCCUUGCCUGCUAUGCCUUGGUCGCCUCCAGCAACCGAAUGUCCUCCCAAGACCAGCCCAUCCACAGGCCCAGCAGUGCCGGAAAAGCCCCCUGCCCCUGACCGAACUUCAACCUCGCGCAGUAAGCUCUCGAGCCCAUUUUCGUGGCUGUCAAGGAGUUCCACCAGCAAGGAACCUGCCGCAUCGCCACCAUCUGGCCCGAUUCGCUCUCCGAGAAGAGAUACUGCCAGCUCCAUUGCAACUCUGACUAGCAAUCCAGAGAUGCUGGCCAAGCUGGAGGAAGGAGAUGAGGGCGUCACAGGAAGGCCAGCUAGGCACAGCCUGAAGGACAGAUUCAAGAUGGUGCGUCUAAGGGAGGAAGCCGGUAUCUCCCUUGGAGUAGACGCCGAGGAAGACAAGGAUCAAGCCAGUGCUGCCACAGCCAAGGCAGCCUCUGUCUUGGGAAUUACAAGCCCAGGCGAGCCACCGCUUACCCCUGUGACAACCGAUGCCAACCCUCCACUAAGGCCCGGGACUGCCUCGGGUGUGUCCGCCGGACCUGCUGAAGCAGAUGCCCAGGUUGACUGGGAUCUUUGGCAAACUGUUGUCUAUGAAGGUCCGUCUGCAGUCGCCAAGACCAGCCCCGAAGAGCUCAACAAGGCCAUCACGACCGGAAUCCCCACUGUAAUCCGGGGCGUGGUGUGGCAAGUGCUGGCACAAAGUAAGAACGAGGAUCUAGAGCACGUCUACAGAGAGCUGGCAGCACGCGGUACCGAGAGGGAUGUAUCGAGGAACAGCGCCGGUACCUCCAUUAGUUCUAUGAGCAAUGGCUUGAGCAUCGACAAGGAAACCGUUGCAUCGUCUUCUUCCUCCGUCCACUCCGACGAGGUGGGUGGCGCCAAUGGCAGCAAGUCGCCUCCUUCAGAAAAGGAGGCCGAGGCCAUUCUGAAGGCACAAGCCUUGGCUGCCGCUGAACGCAAGAAGAAGGACAAGGAGGAUGCGGCCAUGAUCUCAAAACUUGAGAAGACAAUCCGACGUGACCUGGGCUCAAGAACAAGCUUUUCUAAGCAUGCGCAAGCAGCAGGACUUCAAGAGGGCCUGUUUGGAGUUUGCAAAGCUUAUGCCCUGUUCGAUGAGAGCGUAGGCUACGCACAGGGGAUGAACUUCCUAAUCAUGCCUCUGCUGUUCAACAUGCCAGAGGACGAGGCGUUCUGCUUGCUAGUACGACUCAUGAACCACUACAAGCUGAGAGACUUGUUUGUGGAGAACAUGCCUGGCCUGCACAUGCAUCUGUUCUUGUUUGAGCGGCUACUGGAGGACCACGAACCUGCAGUUUACUGCCACCUUAACCGGCGUGGCAUCUCGCCCCACCUAUAUGCGACACAAUGGUUUUUGACCUUGUUUGCAUACAGGUUCCCUCUGCAGCUUGUCAUGAGAAUCUACGAUCUGAUUCUUUCCGAGGGCCUGUCUGCUCUGCUCAAAUUUGGCAUUGUCCUGAUGCAAAAGAACGCUUCCACGCUUCUCGGCAUGACCGACAUGGCACAGCUGACUGCUUUCUUGCGAGACAGACUCUUUGAUGUCUAUAUUGACCAGGCUCCAAGCAGCGGUAGCAUUCUUGAGAAUGGCUUCUUUGGAAGCAGUUCAUCGAGUGUGGACAAGGAAGUCUAUCGAGCUGAUCAACUUGUCCGUGAUGCUUGCGACAUCAAGAUCACGCCAGAGCUAUUGAAGGCAUACACAUGCGAGUGGGAAGAGAAGACCCGCGCCGAGAAGCAGCGUGAGGAAGAGAUGGAGCAUCUGAAGCAGUCCAACACGAGCUACGCUAUUAGGGUCCGAAAGCUCGAGGAAAGACUAGAGGCCGCCGAUACCGAGUCAACUAACAUGGCUAAUGAGCUGGUCCAUACUAAGAUCGAGAACGAGGAGCUCAAGGAUGAAAACGAGAGCCUCAAGGGGCAGGUCAAGGAGCUCCGCAACGUCAUUGAGAAGCAGCCACUGGAACUCGAGAAUGCCUGGAAGGAGGAACGUGACAGCCUCAUGAAGCGAAAUGAAAAGGUCCACGAGGAGAAUCAGAAGGUCGAAAAGGAGAUGAGCGAGCUCGAGGAAGAGUUGGUGCAGACCAAGAUGCGAUACGCCGAGAUCAACUCUCAGUAUGAAACAUUACAGAGAAAGUGGGCAGACCUUAAAAAACAAUUCAAUUAG